UUUGCAACUAUGGUGGUAACUGCCCCAAUCAGAGAGCGAAGAGAAAAUGUGUUAAGCUUCCUAAAUGAUACACUUGGCACAACUACUGAAAAUGCCAUAUCUGCAAAUACAACAGCAUAUCGAAACCCACCAAGUACAACUGUGAAAGAGCAAGAUUCUGAAGCAGCAAACUCCCUCACUGAUAUGUCAGAGGCACAAUCUACAGAGAGUUCUAACUCCAAUGGAUUUACAGGAUCUGAAGUAUCUGAUAAAAGUGGAGGUGAAAGCAGAGUCCUUGACAGUGAUGAGAUCAUGAUUCCUAAAGUUGUGGAGAAAGAUAAAGCACCACCAAGGAGGAAAACCAAUGUGGGGCCAAUGGAUAUGAGCAGCAAUCUGGUUCAGGGGAGCAGGGAUAGUGAGGAAGGAGAGACGGUGGAUGCUCAAGAAACUGAAAAUCUGUCUGGAAAACAAGUUAUCUGUUUGAGUGGAGACCAAGUGACUGGCAACCUCCAAAGAAGGGCAACACCAGGAAGAGUUCAUAGGUUAAGUGAUAUGUUGGUUGCGGGUCCAAGCAGAGAUCUGCUGGAUCGGGAUAGUUUGGAGUACAACAAUGGCAGACCGGCUCUAGUGGGCAGCAGAGGAGAUACAGACUAUGAUGAAACCAGAGAAUUUAUCAGCUCUGAAACUUAUCCAAUAGCCCCUGCAGAGCACAACCCCAGUGUCAUCUUUGUUCCAGCAAAGAGCAGAGCCUCCUGAUGAUCAUACAAAGGUGUGUUUCAACUGCAUUUGUAUAAGAAAAAUGUUUUCCGCUUAAAUCUUUAUCCAACCAGUCUGGAGUAGGACACAACGGCAUCACAUA